AUGGCGAACUGGCUUGUAUCUCUUAUUCUUCUAUACUGUCCAUGCUUAAUAGCUGUAACAAAUGCUGAAGGUCAAGCAUUACUUGAACUCAAAGAAGGACUAAAUGAAUCUACAGAAUUACUUGGAACUUGGGAUCCAAAUUUAGUAGAACCUUGCACUAGUUGGUCUCACAUCACCUGCAGUGGAGGACAUGUUAUAGCUAAAACAAAGCCAACACAGCAUAGUGUUCGGGAACUUCGAGGAUUGGGUUUGACACCUCAUCUUCUAGCAUGCCGCAGUGCUCAGGCUUUGGAAGAGAAUGUUAAGGACAAGCUAUUACAGUUUUGUCAUGUUCCAGCUGGGUAUAUUCUCAACAUCUACGAUGUUUCGUUUCCAACAUUUGGCAUGUUCCUCUCUUACUAA